GUGCGUGCUCCUGACGCAGCCCGCAACCGCUUCUCGCGUGAGGAGGAGGAGAAGGGAAGGAGGCGCCGCUCGUUGUCGUCGUUGCUGCAGCUUCUGAGGCGCGCCUUCGGAAGGAGACUCUUGGCCCGCGGAGGAGAGGAGGAGGAGAAGGAGAGGCCGCCGCAGGAGGAGAGCCGGGCGAGGGCCCUGCCUUCUCCGGCGCCUCCAGGCCCACGAGCGGGCUUUGAGAACCUGAAACAGCUUCAAAAUGUUUAACAAAUCGUUCGGAACGCCUUUCGGAGGCAACACAGGGGGCUUUGGGGCAUCAACCUUUGGACAGAAUGCUGGCUUCGGCACCACGAGUGGAGGAGCGUUUGGGACGUCUGCGUUCGGAUCCAACAAUAACACUGGAGGGCUCUUUGGGAGCGCACAGACCAAACCUGGAGGGCUGUUUGGGUCAAGCACCUUUAGCCAGCCGGCCACCUCUUCCACCAGCACCGGCUUUGGCUUUGGCACGUCCACUGGAACCUCCACCGGCUUGUUUGGAACGGCGAGCACCGGGGGAGGCCUCUUCUCAUCCCAGAACAAUGCCUUUGCACAGAGCAAGCCGGUGGGCUUUGGCAACUUUGGGACGAGCACCAGCAGCGGAGGCUUGUUUGGAACCACAAACACCACCUCCAACCCCUUCGGAGGAACGUCUGGCUCUCUCUUUGGCUCAACAAGCUUUACUGCGGUUCCGACUGGGACUACCAUUAAAUUCAACCCGCCGACUGGGACGGACACCAUGGUGAAGUCUGGAGUCAGCACCAACAUCAGCACCAAGCACCAGUGUAUCACUGCAAUGAAGGAGUACGAAAGCAAAUCGUUAGAGGAGCUUCGCCUGGAGGACUACCAAGCAAACAGGAAGGGCCCCUCUAACCCUGUGGGGGCUGUCGCCGCACCGGGGCUGUUUGGCUCAUCCACUGCGACGUCCAGCGCAGCUACAGGGCUCUUUGGCUCCUCCACCACCAACACAGGCUUUUCGUACGGACAGAAUAAGACCGGCUUCGGGGCCAGUACAACCGGUUUUGGGGCCGGGACCACCAGCCUCUUUGGCCAGCCCCAGCAGCAGACCACCAGCCUCUUCAACAAGCCCUUUGGACAGAUCACGACCGCAAACACUGGCUUUUCCUUUGGCAACACCAGCACCCUGGGGCAGCCCAACACAAACACAAUGGGCCUGUUUGGAGCCACGCAGCCCUCGCAGACCCCAGGCCUCUUUGGAACGGCCGCCAACACGAACACGGCCACCGCCUUCGGACAAGCCACGGGGCUCUUUGGAACGGCCAGCACCGGAUUUGGAGUUGGCGGCUCGUCCCUGUUCAGCAACAAGCCUACCGGCUUUGGAACCACCACCACCAGCGCGCCUUCUUUUGGAACCACAACUGGAAUUUUUGGUUUUGGUGCAAACACCACUGGGAAUACCCUCUUUGGGAACAAGCCAGCUGCAGGUGCCCUGGGAACGGGCCUCGGAACGGGAUUUGGGACAGCCCUCAGUGCUGGCCAGACCUCCUUGUUUGGGGGCGCCCAGCCAAAGCCCGGGGGCACGCUGGGGACCGGCACCUUCGGCACGCCUGGAUUUAAUACCUCGACAGCCACCCUUGGCUUCGGAGCUCCCCAGCCUGCCGUGGCUUUGACGGACCCAAAUGCUUCGGCCGCCCAGCAAGCGAUUCUGCAGCAGCACCUCAACAGCUUGACUUACUCGCCCUUCGGGGACUCCCCGCUCUUCCGGAACCCCAUGUCUGACCCCAAGAAGAAAGAAGAGAGGCUGAAGCCCACCAACCCAGCGGCCCAGAAGGCGCUGACCACCCCCACCCACUACAAGCUGACCCCUCGCCCAGCCACCCGCGUGCGGCCAAAGGCCUUGCAGACCACGGGCUCCUCCAAGUCCCACCUCUUUGACGGCCUGGAUGACGACGAGCCUGCCCUCUCCAACGGGGCCUUCAUGCCCAAGAAGAGCAUUAAGAAGCUGGUCCUGAAGAACCUCAACACCAGCAGCCUCUUCUCUCCCAGCGAAGGCAACGACCAGGCCUCCCCCUCGGAGUCCCCACAGAAUGGAGAACGAUUCAGCUUCCUCUCUCGGUCAGUGGACGAGAGCGGUGAGAACCACCGUCUGGACGGAGAGCCAGAGGAAGGGGAAUACCCUUCCACCUCUCGCGACAUGACGCAGUUCUACGCCAACCCUGGGGUCAGGUUCCUCCCGCAGAGCCCCGAGGAGGCCGCCCACAAGCAUCACAACCACAUUGCGGACGACACCAUCGCGGUCCUGAACCGGCGUCCGCCGCUGCGCAACGGGCUGGAAAGCAGCAGCGAGGAGACCUUUGGCCACGAAGACUCCCUGCAGGACGACCCGGAGGAGGGGGCGGACAGAGUGCAUGAGCUGCAUCCUGCGGGGAUUGUCUUAACGCGGGCCGGGUAUUACACCAUUCCAUCGAUGGAAGAGCUGGCCAAAAUGACCGACGACCAAGGGGAGUGCAUCGUGUCGGGCUUCACCAUUGGCCGCAAAGGUUAUGGCUCAAUCUGCUUUGAGGGCGAAGUCAACCUCACGGACUUGAACCUGGACGAGAUUGUUCACAUCCGCAGGAAGGAGGUCAUCGUCUACCCGGAUGAUGAGCCAAAGCCUCCCGUUGGGGAAGGCCUGAACAGGCCGGCCGAAGUCACUCUGGAUGGUGUUUGGCCCACGGACAAGACCUCUCGCUGCCUGAUCAAGAGCCCCGAGCGGCUGGCGGAGAUCAACUACGAAGGCCGGCUGGAGGCCGCCUCCCGGAAGCAGGGGGCCCAGUUCAAGGAGUACCGCCCUGAAACAGGCUCAUGGGUCUUUAAGGUCUCCCACUUCUCCAAAUAUGGCUUGCGCGAUUCCGACGAGGAGGAAGAGGAAGGCCAGCCCUCCAAAGCUGAGGCCAAGAAGCUGAAGACGUCCCAAGUGACCCCCGCCGGACAGCUGGCCUCCCAGCAGCAGGUGGCUCUGAAUGGGAAACCUGCAGUUCCCGCCAAGAGCUCCGACCCAGAGACGCUGGCCAAGGGCAUGGAGCUGGACAGCGACAUGGCGGACAUCACGCAGGAGGCGCCCCAGGCCUUUUCUUCAGCGGAGGAAGAGGAAGAGGAGGAGCGGGGCCUGGCGGAGGAGCAGGAGCCGGUCCCAGCCUCGGCCCACAUUGCCUCCUCCCUGGAAAUCAACCCUCACACCUUACAGAUCAUGAAGGCCUCCUUGCUGGUGAACGAUGACGACUUGGACUUGAUCCUGGACCAUCGUUUGAGGAGACAAGCCGCGCCUCUGGACACCUCCCUGGAGAUGUGCUCCCCCCGGACCCCCAUCGCCGCCUUGGUGCAAGGCCAGAAGAGCCGUCUCUCAGUCGGUGGGCUGCUGCAGUCAAGGUUGUCGGGGGUCUCCUCCCUCCUCCAGGACGGCCGUCCCCAGAGGUCCUCCUCCCUGGCGGGUCCGCCUCCCUCGCUGCCCUGGCCGGCCCUCUCGCCCUUGACCCCGGUCUUUGCAGCGCCCGGCCAGGCCCCCGAGGCAACCCUGAAGACGGUCGGCACCCGCAGGCACCUGUCGCUGGUCCCCCUGGAGAAGUCGGUGGCCUGCGGGAAGGGGCGGCUGCUGAAGGACAUGGGCCUCUUCAUGGGCCGCUCCUUCCGCGUCGGAUGGGGGCCCAGCUGGCUCCUGGCCCACAGCGGGGAGCGCCUGAGCACCUCCGGAGAAGCCAAGGACCUCCGGAACGAGUCUAUGGACUACGGAUUCCUGCCUGCGCCGGUUGCCCCCAAACCGCUCUCAGAGUCCCCCUUCAAAGUCCACAUAGAGAAGCUGACCUUGGAAGGAGAGUCUUCCGAGGAGGACCUGCCCUUGUACCUGGCGCCCUUGGAGAUCAAGCUGGCGCACAGCACGGUCCACCUGGAGGAGCCCUGCCCGCUUCUGACCCCCAACCCUGGCGUGGCCGCCAUCCAUGAGUACGCGGCCUGGACUGCAGAGGUCUGCGGAGACCCCGAGGAAAGCGAAGGGGUGGUGAAGGCCUGGGGCCUGGUCUGGAGCCUGUGCGAGGCGCUGUGGGGCCGCCUGAAGGAGCUGGAGGCCUGCCUGGGCAGCCCCACGGAGUACAUCCAGUCCCUGGAGCGCAGGAAGGCCUUCUCCCGCUGGCUCUCCCGCACCGCGGCCGAGCGGAUCCGGCAGGAGGUGGCCCUCAGCCAGAACAGCAACCCCCCGGAAGCCGUCUUCAGCCACCUCACCGGGAAGCAGAUCAAGGAAGCCUGCCGCCUGGCACAGAACUCCGGGGACCACCGGUUGGCACUGCUCCUUUCCCAGCUGGUUGGGAGCCAAGAAGUGCGUGAGCUCUUGGCCCUUCAGUUGGCCGACUGGCACCAGCUCCAGGCCGACUGCUUCAUCCAGGAGGAGAGGCUGAACAUCUACGCCCUCUUAGCCGGGAAGCCGGUGUGGCGCUUGUCCGAGAGGAGAAGCCUCAACGUCUGUUCCCAGCUGGACUGGAAGCGGUGCCUGGGCAUCCACCUCUGGUACCUGCUGCCCUCCACGGCGCCCCUUUCCCGGGCCCUGGCCCUCUACGAAGACGCCUUCCAGGACGCUCCAGAGAACGAGAAAUAUGCCUGCCCCCCACUGCCUCCCUAUUUGGAAGAUUCCGGAUGCCUCGUGGAGGAAGGGGAUGCACAACACGCACUGCGAGACGUCUGCUUCCACCUCCUCAAACUCUACAGCGACAGGUGCUACGACCUGCACCAGCUGCUGGACCCCCGGAGUGUCACGGCCGACCCCCUGGACCACCGCCUGAGCUGGCACCUCUGGGAGGCGCUGCGGGCCCUGAACUACACGCACCUCUCGGAGCAGUGCCAAGGGGUCCUCAACGCCAGCUAUGCCGCCCAGCUGGAGAGCCAGGGCCUCUGGGAGUGGGCCGUCUUUGUGCUGCUCCACACCCCCAGCGCCCAGCUGCGCGAGAGGGCCGUGCGCGAAGUGCUGGGCCGCCACUGCCAGCUGGUGGAGACGCCCGACUCGUGGGAGAAGGAGGCCUUCCUGACGGAGAAGCUGUGCCUCCCGCCUGAGUGGAUCCACGAGGCCAAGGCCACCCAUGCCCGGAGGGAGGGGGACACCCCGCUGGAGGCCCUGCACCUCUUCAAGGCCGGGCACUGGAGCCCAUGUCACCGCCUGGUGGUCAGGCACCUGGCCUCAGGUAAGGGCCUCCCUCCUGGGUGUCAAGCAUUUGCAGAACCCCCUUGGCAAAAUGUGCCUCUGUUAGUUCUGGUUAAGAAGCCAGGGGCUAAUGCGAAGAUUCCUUUUGUCUUGGUGAGUGAUGCUUUUCUCCUUCCUGCCUUUUGCUUCCAGACGGAUUGUUCCAGCUACGAACUGGAGGAGCUGCACACCAAGGUGGUCUCGCUCUGCAGCCGGAUAGAGCUGCUCCCCUGCCACAGCGCCAAGGACAGGUUGGCCCAGUCUGAAAUGGCCAAGCGCAACGCGGACAUCCUGAGGGCCAUCCUGAGCCUGCAGCACCCGGCGGGCCCUUCCACCUCCUCCUCUUCCUCGGCUGCCCCCCACCUGCCCUUGCGCCUGCUGGCCCCCCACAUUGGCCGGCUGCCCAUGCCCGAGGACUACGCCUUGGAGGAGCUGCGGGGCCUCACCCGCUCCUACCUGAGGGAACUCACCCUGGGCGCCCAGUGACCCGACUGACCAGAGCCCCUUCCCUCUCUUUACAAUCGGCUCUGUUUUUUUGGAGGGCAUAAAUCCCCCCCUUUGCCCCCUCCUUGGUGGACCCGGCCAGGGACUACAGCACCCAUCUUUUUCUGGCUUGUUUUGGGUGGUGCGCGAAGACUUUUUGGGAACCCAGAGAUGCCUUCUUCUCCCAGUUGCUGAAUCAAUAAAGGUGGUCGAGCGAAGGACGCAAGGCAGCGAAGCACCUUCAUGAUCUCGUUGGGCGGAGUAUGUCUGUCUGUGGGUUUGUGGAGCUUCUUCUCUGAGGCUUUUCCCCACUAUGGAGCGUGUGCGGUCACUCAGCGGUCAAGCCCGGCCUGCUUUUGCAGCUGCAGGUCAAGAUCAAGGUGGCCUUCCAAAUGGCUCCAUGUCUUCUGAUUCCUCUGCAAGCCUUUAGGGCAGGCAUGGGCCAACUUCGGCCCUCCCUCCAGGUGUUUUGGACUUCAACUCCCACAAUUCCUAACAGCCUACCGGCUGUUAGGAAUUGUGGGAGUUGAAGUCCAAAACACCUGGAGGGAGGGCCGAAGUUGGCCCAUGCCAGAGUCUUACUGUGUGUCUAAAGUCGGGGUGUGUUGCCCCUCCAUGCUUCGUUCGCUGAGGGCUUGGUCUGAUUUUGAGGAAGGGGCUUUCCAGGCCUGUGACUGUGCGUGUGUGUUCAUUGUGUGUGUGUGUCUGCAAGCAAAGCAUCUGGAAGCCACGUUUGCACAUGGGUCGCCUGGGUCCCAGGCAGCGGAAGGGAUUGGGAGGGUCCAGGGCUGGAGUGGACACUACUGCUGUGUCCAUCCAGGUGGACAUUUGGGGCUCGGGCCAGCCCUCUGAACUGGGAAGCGGGGGGGGGGGGGGAUGUGUGGCAGGGAGGGAGACGCAUGGACAUUAUGUAAAGGUUUUUAAUGAAACUAUAAAUAAAAGAUCCAGAUUAUUUUUUUGUCUGUUUCUCUGGAAAAGAAUUUCUAAGGUAAACCAAUAAAAAAAGUUUAUAGUA